UGUUUCAGAAUAUCGACGAUUGGAGUGCUUAGUUACACGUCCAAUCGGUCGAUCGAAGACAUCAGUACAAGUUCUUGGGAUAGUUCCGGAGAAAAAAACACGAAAGCUUUUCGAUUUCAGACUCCGUGAGAGUAUUAACCUUUUACGGUUUUGCUUUUGUUGUAGCAGUUUGGUAUGUCAGCCACAAAAUAUGGGAGAAGUUUUAUUUGUCUGGCCAUUGUGGCAAUAAUAAUAGUUUUUUUAUGGGCUGCUCAGUUACCUGAGGUCAUGAAUUUUGUUCCUGAGAACAAGAAUUUGCACUUUCCUCCAAGGCCACAAGGUAUAGGCAACAAUAGCAGUACUACUGGUACUGUCAUUAAGAGCACUUCAGUAACCAUCCAAAAUUCUUCUAUUACAACUCGGAGGGAAAUAAAGACAUGUAUACCUCACAAGCCUGACAAAGCUGGCCAAGAACUGAUUGUGAAGUAUUAUGGCCAGCCAGGACGUGUGGAGGAUCGAAAAUGUUCUGGUACACGUCACCCAGAUAUUUGCUCCUACCAACGAACAGAUUCUGGGGAAAUUAAUGUAUCCUGUGAUGCAAAGGUUUGUGGAUCCUCAGACAUACAAAUGGCAUCUGUUGAUCCACAAAUGGGAAAAUCUGUAACUAACUGGAAUACUUUAUCAAAGGACAGACUCACUGCUUCAGUGCAAGAGGCAGUGAAAACCAACCAAGAGAGAGGAUUUGACUUUCUCUUCUUGAGGUGUGGAAGUAAUCUCCAAGUCUUUUCCUUUCCUCCAAUUUUUAAGAAAGUUGAAGAUGGCAAAACUAGAAGUAACAUCAAUGUAAAUGUGAUUAUGUUGGACUCUAUUUCACGACCCCAUUUUUAUCGUACUAUGCCAAGAGUUGUUGGGGCUUUUAAAAAGAUAAAUGAGGAUGCCAAUAUAAAGGCCAGGGCACUGGACUUUGAACUUGAUCAGAGUAUUGGUCAACAGACUUUUGAGAAUAUAAGGCCAUUUUUUUCUGGAGUUCUUAAAGAUGACAAUGAGAUAAGUGCUUCAGGUGAGAACACAAAGGCCCCUAUAGGAAUGGGGGUGUUGUAUGGGGCCUUCCAGAAAGCUGGCUACCAGACCCUCUUUCAAGAGGACCUUUGUUGGUAUGACAUUUGGGGAAGUUUACUAACAAACAAUCAAAAACGUGCUGUACCCAGUGGAGAUGCUGAAUUCAAAUCCAGGUGGAAGGAAAUUCUAGAAAAAGAGGAACAAAAAACGACCGAUCAUUUUGGCUUAACACACUUCUCCUGCACAGUGUUACAUUAUGUUUUAAAGAGAACUAAUCAUUAUGACUACCCUUCUCAAGUUUGCUUUAAUGGACAGUUUUACAGUUGGUAUUUCAUGGACUACAUCACUAAGGUGUAUACUGCUUUGCAGCAAGACGAGAAAGCUAAACCACUAGUGUCCUACAUGCAUUUUAACACUGCACAUGAAACAACUGGUAAAAGGAUGAUCAACUUAGAUGCUAACAUGGCAAAGUUCUUCAUAGACAUGGCUUCGUUUUCUAACACUCUGACUGUGAUAUUUUCCGAUCAUGGCCAUAAAAUGACACCAUUUAGUUACACUCCUGAAGGCAGAAGAGAAUUAUUUGAUCCAGUGUUCUUCAUGAUUGUCCCUGAUGGUGUUGCAGAUAAACUAGGUCCAGAAAGGAUGGGAGCCCUGGAAACAAACCAAAAACGCAUGUUCAUGUUGUAUGAUGUUCACAAUGCAUUUAUGAGUUUGCACAAUCCUCAGACGAGGAACUCCAGGGAUUACCUAGUUACAGGAAUAUUCUCAGAAAUACCAGCUAACCGCACUUGUGCAGACUUAUUCAUGCUUCCCUUGACAAGAUGCAAAUGCGAGGGUUUUGAUGAAGAAGGUCAUAUCAAAGAUGAUGCAGAAGACCAUAAGUGGCUUGCAGAAGCUGCAGUUGGUUACAUGAAUGAUGCCAUACAAAGACAAUAUGAGAAAGAGGAUAAAGACUCAAAGAAAAACCAAGGUUAUGGAAACUGUGAGCGCCUUGUUGGAAAAUCAUUCACUGAUGUUGUAAAACGUUUCCAAGGAGAAUUCAUCUUAACAACAAUGGAUGUACAUGUGGUUCCUCCAAAUGGAUACCAAGAGGAUGAAAUCUAUAAAGUCUCUGUCAAACAGUACUCUAAACCGAGACAAGGAGUAUUUUUUCUUAGUUUUGUUAGAGUGACAAAGUACAACAAAUUUGUAACUUGCCAAGACAAGUCAGUAGAUAUCAAGCUCUGUGCAUGUGCAAAAAAUCAAACCUCCAACAAUACUAAAAAUGGAGUAUUGUUAGAGAACGGUGUUCCACGGGGAAUGUUUGGAGCAGAAACAAAAGUGAAGAACCUAGAUUCCAACUGUUUGCUGUUCUUGAGAAGGGAUUUUGGGACAUUUUCCUUCACACUGGAAGUGACAAAUGUAUGCACAGAUAGAACAUACAAAUUUUCAAUGACAGGUUCUAUGGAUCAAAGGAUUUUUUCUACUGCUUUACCAAUCAACCGUGUAUUACCACCAAAGACCUUCUUUUUUUUAACAUCUGUCUUCAAAUAUUUAUCAAAAGUUAAUCAAGCUUUGAACUUGAGAGCAAGUAUACAAGUGAAGAAGGAUGGCUCCAGUGAAUUUUCAAGUCUAGGAACUGUUAGUGUCUCAUGAUUAGAUAAAGAUUUUUUAAUAUA